CCGACGGCUCGUCUGACGUCACUUCCCGCCGCGCGCCGCCACGGGGCCGCCCCUAACAAGCCGUUUCUCCCCCAUGGCGGCGGCGGCGGGAGGGGGGGCAGGCGGCGGUUCCGCGGCGCUGGGUGACAGCGGCGCCAUCGACUACUCAGUGCACGAGGCGUGGAACGAGGCCACCAACGUCUACCUGCUGGUGGUGCUGGCCAGCCUCGCCCUCCUCGUCUACGCGCGGCGGAACAAGAGGAGGAUCAUGCGCAUCUUCACCCUGCCCCCGGCCGCCGAGACGCCGCCCGAGCCCAACUUCUACGACAGCGUGAAGAAGAUCCGCCUGCGGCAGCAGCUGGAGAUGUACUCCAUCGCAAGGAAGUAUGAACAGCAACAGCAGCAGCAGCCACCAAAACAGACUGAAAGCGUACAGCUCUCAGUGGAAUGAAGCCCAGAACUGCAGGAACUCAGGAUAUAUUUCCAGUGCUGAUAAGAGUAAAUCAGAAAAUCAGCUAAUUUAAAUAAUACUGCAGAAAUUACUUCUUAAUAAAAGCAUCUAAUAAUGAAAAC